AUGGGCCAGUCUGCCUUCUACUACUACAAUCCAGAUCCCUGUGCGGAUCACAGACAGCAUGGCCAUUUUUCUCAACAUCCAAGUGCUGGUCACGAGGAUGUUCACCACCCAAUCAACCAUCAACAAUAUUACCAGCCAGGCAUGAUCAUGCAUCCGCACCAUCCCAUGGCCUAUCCUCAGAUUGCCACUCCAAGUCCUCAGGUCCACCAAAAACCAGUCGUGAUGACCCCAAGGCCUAUCCAACAAAAAGUCAGUGUAUUGGCUAGUAACUCCGAGCCAACGGCCCUCUCCUUAGAUACACAGUGUGUCUCGCCAGAUAUGUGCCUCUACUCGUCAACACCAGCUCUAUCUGAGGCGAACAGCACCAGCAGCAGUUCGCCUUCGUCUUGUGGUGGGCUAUCGACACCCAUGUCAGGAUCAUAUAUGAGCUCGACCGUGAUUGAAGGUGUGAAGGAAGGUUGCGAAGUCGACGUGAAGAAUGAGAUCCUCGCAGGCGGGGACUUCACCCGAUCCUGCUCGCCACUAUUGACACCUGUUUUCCUCCACCCGCCGUCAGUAACCGCUAGCCAAGCCACGGACCUCCUUUCCAUCAAUUCUUGCCCGUCACUUUCUCCAUCCCCAUCACCAGGACCACAAUCAGCCUUCUCCGAUACAGAAAUCAACUUUUGCAACCCUCAAAAUCUGUUGAAAUCGUCGCAUUCGAUCAGCCAAGCAGUCUCAGAUCAUUUCCCGCUUCUGCCAACACUGUGUUCAGGAGACGAUGAGGAACACAAAUUGAUCUUGAACGGUGGCUUCGCAUUUUCCAAGCCAGAAUCCCACUUUACCAAAGAUUUUGAUUCGUGUGGAGCACUCCUCACAGAGACACCCCAUUUUGAUAGCCUUUCGGACCUCGAUUCCGAGAACGACUUCAUUCUGGACCUGACUCGCUUCGCCCCUGAAAACACUGGGUAUCCUGAGCAUAAGAAGCAGCGUCUGGAUUUGUUCGCUUUUGACGACGAGUCACUUAUAAGCGAAGACAGCUUUGAAGAAUUUGAAGAGACGGAACAAUUUGCAUCGGCAGCUUUCUUGACACCCCCUGAGUCUCAGUGCUGCUCAGAGAAGGCAUCGCCAAAAAUGGUACCUGUCAAGAAGCCUCGCAACAGCCCCCGCAAAACAACGAAAAGAGCCCUUGCGAAGGCCGAGCCCGCCGAUUCUGAAGUCAACGGUACAUAUUCUCAGACGGCCAGUGCAGCCGAGCAAACAAACGAGGCACAAGAUUCAGUCGCUGAGAACGGAGAAGACGGCGGCGUAGAUGAUGAUACCACCCCAGAUACCCCAGCAAGCACUUCGUCAAAUCAGCCAAUCGCUCGUCGUGGUCGCAAGCAGUCUUUGACCGACGACCCUUCCAAAACCUUUGUUUGCACGCUUUGCUCCCGCCGAUUCCGUCGACAAGAACAUCUAAAGCGUCACUAUCGCUCCCUCCAUACUCACGACAAGCCAUUUGAGUGCCACGAAUGCGGCAAGAAGUUCUCUCGCAGUGAUAAUCUGUCUCAGCACUCCCGCACUCAUGGCGCCGGAGCAAUUGCUCUUGAUGUCCUUGAAGAAGGCGAGUUACCCCCGCAGACGAGUGACGGACCAGGACAAGUCGCCACCAUUGACACACUCGGCACAAGACUUUUUGAAGCCGCCGCUGCAGUCUCCAGCGCUAGUUCUUCGACUACUUCGGGUUCACAAAGGAACAGUAUCAGCCCUGCUCCGCCGGCCGAGAACACGAAGGCCAUCAGAAAGCGUAAGAGGGACGAUUAA